AUGUCGGCCGCGUCUAAGCGUGUUGGCUGCCUGACCGGACUCCUGGUUACAGAUCUGAUUUUGCUCCUCUGUGUCGUCGUUGGCAUCUUUAAGAUCAACUGGAAGCUGGACCAGGUCCAGAACCAACUGGUCGCCAACGACGAUUUCGUGCAACACAUCAGUUUUUUCCUGAGUGAGCGCCAGCGUUUCCUGUGUGCGCACCAGGACUUUGUGCGGCAGUACAAGCAGUUCGAGCCCGCGCUGAAAUUGCCGGAGAACAUGCAAGAAGACGAGCCGCAGAACCGCAUGCCGGUGGAGCGGCGGAUGGAUGCCAGUCUGAACGCCAUGCAGCUCUUCUUAAAAGCUCAUCUUUUGGAGUUAUCGCAACAAGAGCGGCGGUUGGACGCCAUUCUCCGCGCCAUACUACUCGAGCAGCAGCAGGUAAUCGCCACCCUCAACUCUGACGAAGAACACACCCAAACAGUGUUGAGUCAACGUCUGACGGCCGCAGAAAAAAACACUCGGAGAAAAACUCGGGUCUCUGAGCAGGAAGACAUUAAAGGGCUCCAAGAUAAUUCUGUCGUACUGAGCAGCAGUCUGAGCGCCCUGCUUCACCGCACGGAAAACACCCAGGAGGAAAUAGGUCACCUGCGUCAGGAUUACGACAACGCGGGUGAGUGCGUGUUCACCUGCAGGGGCUUGCUCGAUGCAGUCCAAAAGGUGCUGGGGUUGCAAAGACAACUCGGACAGCAGAUGACGCAAAUAUCGGCCGACACGACAAAGCAAGGCGACCAGCUCAGCAGCCUCAACGACACUUCGGAUAAAUCCAAACAACAGCCGUGUGACUGCUGCGCCGACGGUUGGGAGCCCCACUCUAUAAAUUGCUACAAAAUUGUUAAUAACUCGUUACCGAUGUUGAAAGCUAAGCAGGACUGCGAGGCCCAGGGUGCCCAGCUCCCCCAAGUCGAAGACCGAGCCGAGCAGAAGUUCAUCUCGCGAUUCAUUUACAAUGCAAAACUAAUAACUGAAGAAGUUGAAAAGAAUUUGGAUGACCGCCAGAAAACGAAAGGUAUUUCCGCUUGGAUCGGCUUAGGCGACGACAAGAACGAAGGACAUUUCAAAUGGCUUGACGGCCAAAAUUUGACUGAGCCCAUUUUUUGGAGGAUCGGGGAACCCAAUAACUUCAAGAACAAAUAUGGCAAGGAUCAAGACUGCGUGGUUAUUUUACCCCCGGACGAUAUGGUAACGGACGAGUUUGAGAAAUGGAAGGACACACAGUUUAACACGUGGGACGAUCUCGCUUGCAAAAACAAACGAUACUAUCUGUGCAAGAGGAUAAGGGCAAAAGAUACCUAAACUUUUGUAACUCAAAUGAUCCCCGCCCAUUGGAAAUGAAUGGAAAUCGAUUCAGUCUGUGCUGAGCCCUCCUAAAACCGCCGUUUUAGUUCAAGUUAAAGUAUCAAUGAUUGUCACACACACACACUAGGUGUGGUGAAAUUUGUCCUCUGCAUUUGACCCAUCCCCUUGUUCACCCCCUGAGCUCAUACUCCCAACAAGCUCUUUCAGCUUCGUUCCCACAGUGUUGGAUUCAAGAACUCCUUCAUUCUGCACUCCAUCCAGCUGUAUAAUCACUCGCCAUACAGCAAUAGAUGAUAUCUGUCUAUUACCACACCGCUUCUAUGU